AUGACUGUUCUAAAACUAGAGAAGAUAGUGCUACCGCACGCACACGUUUUCCGGGGCCGCGAGUUCCCCGUCGCGUACAACUUGCACAACAGCGACGGCAGCCACUCGCCGGACGAGGUGGCGGCUUUCCUGGCGGAGCUUGGCGCGCGGGGGUUUUUCAACAAGCAGCUGAAAAAUCACGGCGUGGUGGUUCUCCGACACACAGGCACGACCGAUCCAGAGGUGAUUUCGCGGUACGUGGAGGCAAUUGCGACGAGCAGCGGCGACGAGGAGUUUGAGCAGACAGGGGUGACCGCCAAGCGGACAAUUGUCACCCCGCAUCUGUCCACGGCGAACGAGGGACCAAGCGAUCUGGCGAUUUAUCAGCACAAUGAAUUUUCAAGAUUCCUGAAAUACCCCAGUAGACUGUUUUUUGUGUGCACCAGGUACAAGGCCGCUGGCGGAGCAACGCCCCUCGUGCACGGCGGCGAACUUUUCGCCGCCCUGGAGCAAGUGUACCCCGAUUUUUUGACCGAGCUGGGCAAUAAAGGCCUGUACAUGAAACAGACCUGGCCGCUGGAAACAGACAAUAGCACCGCGUGGAGAGACUAUUUCUGUUUCGGCAGAGACUUGCACACAAACGAGGACCUGGAGACGCAGAAGAACAAAGCCAGCGUGCUGAUGGAGGAAUACGUAAGCAAGGACUACUAUUUCGACGAGAACAACGACCUUAUCGUCGGGCAGCACUCGAGGCCGAUCCGCAACUACAGAGUGUCGGAAACAGAGUCGUAUCCGGUGCUGUUCAACAGCAUCGCCGCCUACUAUGCCGACAGCAAGUUCAAGUCCAACGCGUACCAGAAAACCGCAGCUUUGGACUACGACAACUCAGAGCCUAUUCCUAUCAAGUAUUUAGACGAGCUGCUGGAGCAGUCGAUCAAGCUGGCGUACCACCACGAAUGGCAGGAGGGCGACAUUGCGAUUGUCGACAACCACCAGGUCAGCCACGGACGGGAGCCCUGGGCCGGCGAGCGGCACGUUUUGGUGAGCAUGUGGGACCAGAAAAAUAAACCAGAGUACGAGCCGUGGAGUAGAAAUUAG